CUCUCAGGGGCAGAGGUAGGGAGCCAGCCAAGAAAGGAACCUGUUCUUCAAGAGAAAGUAGUUUGCUCUGUUGGAAUCCACGCGCUCAUCCGUUUCACCGAUCCAUGAAAAUCCCCAUCUUCCUUCUCCUAUUUUCUUCUUUUCUCUUGUAAAUUUCCUGGAAAAGCAAAGGAAAAAUAAGAGAACGAAGAGAAUUGAGGGAAGAAGAUUCUGAGAGGGGAAUGCCCGGAUAAAUUUUGGGGAAAUUUCUGAUUUUGAUUAUCGUGUGCUUCUUUCUUUCUUAUUUCGCUCCACUUGAAGGGGAUUUUCGGUGAGUGAUGGACUUGGACAGCAUCGAGUGUGUUUCAUCCUCGGAUGGCUUGGAUGAGGAUGAGAUCCAACACCAUAGUCUGCAUCCCCACCCCCAUCUUCAUUCUGAGUUUUCUUCAACGAAGCCUCGCAAUGGAGGCACCAAUAAUAACAAUAUUAUGGGUCCUACGGCCAUUGCUCCUGCAACCAGUGUCCACGAAUUGCUGGAGUGCCCUGUCUGUACCAAUUCAAUGUACCCACCAAUUCAUCAGUGCCACAAUGGGCACACACUGUGUUCCACAUGCAAAACGAGAGUUCACAACCGAUGUCCUACUUGUAGACAAGAACUUGGAGAUAUUAGGUGUCUAGCACUAGAGAAGGUGGCUGAAUCACUCGAGUUACCAUGCAAGUACUAUUCCCUUGGAUGCCCCGAAAUCUUUCCUUACUACAGCAAGCUCAAGCAUGAGGCAGUCUGCAAUUUCAGACCAUACAAUUGUCCUUAUGCUGGAUCUGAAUGCUCUGUUGUUGGGGAUAUUCCAUUCCUUGUUGCUCAUUUGAGGGACGAUCAUAAGGUAGAUAUGCACACAGGUUGUACUUUCAAUCACCGGUACGUGAAAUCAAAUCCCCGUGAAGUAGAGAAUGCAACUUGGAUGCUCACGGUCUUUCAUUGUUUUGGCCAGUACUUUUGCCUUCAUUUCGAAGCUUUUCAGCUUGGCAUGGCUCCUGUGUACAUGGCAUUCCUUCGUUUCAUGGGUGAUGAGAACGAAGCUCGAAGCUACAGUUAUAGCCUAGAGGUUGGGGCAAAUGGUAGGAAACUUAUAUGGGAGGGUACUCCCCGAAGUAUUCGCGAUAGCCACCGGAAAGUUAGGGAUAGCCAUGAUGGCCUUAUUAUCCAGCGAAAUAUGGCCUUGUUUUUCUCUGGUGGGGAUAGGAAGGAACUCAAGCUUAGAGUUACGGGAAGAAUUUGGAAAGAACAACAGAAUCCUGAUGCUGGGGUGUGCAUACCAAAUCUUUGUAGCUGAUUUCAUUUGUUGUUUUGGAGGUUCUUUUUGUUGCGUGCUGUAUUACACCAAACCUCUGUAAGUUAUAAUAGAUGAACUCAAUUUUCAGUGUCCGGAGUUGGUGUAAUAAACAAGAUUUUCCUUACUUAAAAAUGCUUGCAAUUCCCAGAAUGAUCUAAUUGUCAAACUUAGACUUAAA